AUGGCCGAUGCUUUCAUUGGUUAUACCAUUCUGGUCACGCUUGACAACCCACAUAAACCCCAGAUCCAGGGUGUUGUUUCCAAUGUGGUGAAUCAGAAGCUGUUCCUUCGCGACGUUCUUCUUCUAUGGAAUGGCCAGCGGCUUUCGUCCUACACCAUCGAGUCCUCCACCAUCGCUGAUCUCGAACUCUCCCCCCAUCAAGUAACAAGAUUUGAGCGGGAAGAAGAGUUAACAACUCCUGUUGCUUUCCCUCGAGUCGAAAACACCGCAUUCCCACCCCACCCCCGACCUGUGCAAAAUGCCUCGAAUUUCGUUGACCCCGCCAUUAUCAGCUACACGCGACCACAUUCUCAGCCUCCUCCUCCCAUGUCCAGCCAACAGGUUCAUCCAGUGUCCCCUAUCAUGAUAGCGGAUGGAAUUGUCAGCAGUCCGUCAGCUAGAAACCCCCGCAAUGCUCACGGUGGGAGCUCGGUUUCGAGUAUCGCAACGGCUAUUCCCCGCAAGCAUGAGAAAAGAAAUACAUCGGCAAGUGCUACUCUGACGGAGCCCUUUGACGCACUAGGCUUGCGCAAUGAUGUGGCAAAGUCGGAAUUGAAGCAAGCUGCCCCUAAGGCGCCCAGCGUGCGAGAUGCACCUUCGCAGACAGGUCCAGGGAUUAUCGACAUGAAAGAUGUCAACCAUGGACCGUUGAAGCCAGCUAAGAAAUCAGGGAAAGGUAAGGGAUGGCGACAGACACCUUUGAUCGAAGAGGUGCCGAGACCAAGCCAGAAGAAGGGCCAAAGAGGUCGAAAAACCGCCGAGAAUGCCAAUGGCUGGGCUACCGAGGAUGCUACAGAUAUUCAAGACAUGGGGGAUUUCGAUUUUGAGACAAACCUGUCUAAAUUUGAUAAGCGCAGAGUUUUCGAUGAUAUUCGCAAAGACGAUCAAACGGCCGAAGGAGAUCGGUUGGUCAGUUUCAACCGAAAAGCUCGACCGGGAACGAACGGGGGUCGAAAUCUACAUUACACGGAGAAUAUCAUGGAUACGCCAGACGCCAAAGACAAGGAUCGAUGGAAAAGUGAGGCAGGGGAGACGGAAGACGAUACGUUGGAGGGGCACUACUCCAGUGGAAAGGGAUCACGGCGAGCCGCAUCAAGACGGCCACAUCCAUCGAGGAAAGGGAGCAUCAUUCCUAGCCUCCUCGAUCGGACAGAGUCGCCUCGACCUUUGGCCAGGAUCCAUACGGCGUCACCGCUGAAUGGAUCACUGUCUGGCAUCCGAGCGUCUUUCAAGCUCCCGAACAAUAAGCAAUGUCACUGUUUGUCGCCGCUACAGAUGCUCGAGAUUGAACAGCUGUGUAUUUCGGAGUUGGGACUGACUGAAGACAUGCUUUCGGAAAAUGCGGGUCGUAGUAUGGCGAUGGCGAUCUUGAAGGUGCCUGAAGUGAGAAGCGUGGUUUUCUUGGUGGGGAAUCACAAGUCCGGUGCUAGGGCCAUCGCUGCUGCCAGACACCUACGCAAUCGUCGACUCAGAGUGACCAUUAUUGUUCUCGGUGGUGAACGUGAGGAACUACUUCUCGAGGUGAUGCGCAAGCAGCUAGGUAUUUAUAAAAAGGGAUCAGGCUACGUGGAGAAAUGGGACGAAUAUCAGACCAAAUCGGCGGCAGGCGGUCCUGCUCCGGAUGUGAUCGUUGACGCUCUCCUUGGGAUCCAUGUGGCAUUUGAAGAACUCCGAACGGACGACCAGGCAACGGUGUUGGAAAUGACGCGAUGGGCCAACCGCACGUCAACGGUGAUGUCGAUCGAUAUUCCCAGUGGUCUGUCGGCAAGCUCGGGUUUGUUGACAGAACACGAUGGUCAAUCUCUUGUGAUGGCCAGCAAACACAUCAUCAGUCUCGGAGCGCCCAAAACCGGUCUUCUUCAUGCGAUGGCCCUGGAGGGUGCUGAAGCUGCUUGGCAAGUGUGGGUUGUUGACGUUGGCAUUUCAGCUGCAGCGUGGAAUAAACAUGGCUCGAGACGAAAACAUGGUAUCGACUUUGGGACCGAGUGGGUAGUCCCAUUGAAGUUUGCUCUUGGUCCUCAGACAUGA